UAUGCCCCAUUAGAGCGGUUGAAUGUCCACAGGCCAUGGUCAUUUUUUAUUAAAAAAUAAUCUAGGACUUUUACAUAGAUGCAGAGAUCAUCUGCCUGUUUCAUGUUUGAUGUUUUAUGACAAAACCAGAGGUGAGAAAUCAACAGGGCAGAUGAGUUGGGGUGUAUGUUAGAAAGGCGUUUCAUAGUUUAUAAACCUUUGUUUGUUGUGUCCACCCACAAAUAUCAAAGGGACAGUAGACUGAUCUAAGAGGAAGCUCUUUUUGCAAACUUGGAGGUGCUUUUUUCUUUCCAUUCACCUCCCCAUUUUUUGAGAACACCAUUACAACCAUGUGGGAAUUCCGGACCUUGUCUUUUUGGCGGGCAGUAUUUGCCGAGUUCUAUGGCACGAUGUUUUUUGUGUUCUUCGGGCUGGGAGCAGCUCUCCGUUGGACCACCGGACCACUCAAUGUGCUCCAGGUCGCUUUCUGCUUUGGGCUGGCAGCCGCCACACUCAUCCAGUCCAUCGGCCACGUCAGCGGUGGCCACAUCAACCCGGCCGUCACAUUCGCCUACCUGAUCAGCUCCCAGAUGUCUCUGUUUCGUGCCAUCUUCUACAUCUGUGCCCAAUGCUUGGGUGCGCUGGCCGGGGCUGCUGUGCUGUAUGGAGUCACGCCAAACAAUGUCAGAGGCAAUCUGGCCCUGAACACGCUUCAGCCAGGCAUCAGUCUGGGCAUGGCCACCACCAUAGAGAUAUUCCUGACUCUGCAACUUGUGGUCUGUGUCUUCGCUGUGACGGAUGAGAGACGAAACGGGCGACUAGGGUCUGCAGCCCUGUCCAUUGGCUUCUCAGUGCUUAUGGGUCACCUGCUUGGGAUGUAUUACACCGGAGCUGGAAUGAACCCUGCCAGGUCUUUCGCCCCUGCUGUGCUUUUUAGGAACUUUAUAAACCAUUGGGUGUACUGGGUGGGCCCUAUGAUUGGCGGUGCUAUGGGUGCUGUGGUCUACGACUUCUUGCUUUUUCCACGCACGCGUGGUUUGUCUGAGCGACUGGCUAUGCUCAAGGGCAACCGGCCACCUGGGGUUGAAACCCAACAGGAGGUGCGAGUGGAGACUAUCGAACUCAAAACACAAGCGCUAUAAACAUUGCAAAACACACAUACAAUGAUCUCACACACCUGAAUUUCAACACACUAUUAACAUACCAAGUGAGUCUGCCUUCCGGGAUAACAGCUUCCCAAAAACCAAGACCCUGAGAAAGCUUCACACUGCUGUACCGGCAGGAAUAGGGAACAUGUUAUCGACCGCCAAACCGGUGGAUGGCUCUACUCAUGGCAUCCACUAUAUGGGAAUCUGUCAUUACUCAUUGAGUGAACUACAGUAUAGAAGUGGACUUCUGCAUGCUUUACAGUUUCACAGUGUUUAAAUCUAUCACAAUCAUUUUAUUUCAGGUUUCCAUUUUCUUUUCUUUGGUAUUUCGAAGAUGUGACAUUUUGCAACAGUUUACAUUUUACUUACAGUCUUACAUUAAGAAGUUGUGUUUGUGCAUGUGUGUUUUUAUUCUGGCAAUUUCCAGUUUAGUUCUUUUUCAGAAUCCACCAUGUGUUUGUAUCAUGAGUUUUCUUUAAACAUUUGGUUUCUCUAAAAGUAGUUUUUCGAUUCUACUAUGAGUCCGUUUUAAACUGUUUAACUGUGGCAUAAAAGCCCAAUGUGUGUUUCUUUAAUAGAAUCAAAUAAACACAUGAAAGCUAUUGAUAUAAUCUCUUACCUGAUACAAACACUUGACCAAACCCCCGCCCCUCCCCAUAUCAUUUUCAAAACUUGAGUUGAAUACCUCCAGAUUUAUUCAAUGUUUGAUAUUUUUUUGUUUUCUGCCAUUCAUAUCAGCAUGCAUAAAGUUUGGCAUCAUUUUGUGUGUAAAAAGCAAGUUUGGAAAAUGCAGAUUUUUUCUCGGACAUAAACAUAUUUGUAUUUCAUUGUGAAAAGAAUUGAAAACCUUACUUAUUGGAGCAACAGUCAGCAUCUGAGUACUUUUUUCCUUAUAUUUUAGGGCAUUAUCCAAAAAUGGGCUUAGUGUGAUUGAGGUUACGUCUUGCCCAUCAGUCUGAGAUCUGUAUUUUAGCUUGUGUUGUCCUGGACAUUGAAUUCACUUGAUGUUAUUGUAACAUUUUGGAUCUGAUGAAUGAAAAGGUAAAUGCUUCA